AGUAGCUGGUGGCGGAGACUAAAGCCGUACAGUCGAUGAUUCCCUGCCGCCCAUCUGGUGGGCCUAAUGUUGACCACUUAGGAUACAAAAGCCAUGCUGAUUAGACUAUGCAGUAUCUCACGGGCCUUUUCCACCUGAUAUCGACAGCCGAUUGUUUUUCAGGUCAUAGAUCAAGCGGCUACGAUUUCAUGAUAGGUUUGAUUUUUCUAUCCAUGGGCCAUCUAAGGUGGAAUCUAUCGUUCAUCACGAUAGACUGGGCCAUCUAGAUUCAUUAACCGCAUUACCGGUGUGAUCGGCGUGGAUGGAAGACUGGUACAUCACGAUGAACCAUCGCCGUCCUUUUAAAAUUAAAAAAUAGAAAACCCCACAAAAAUCCAGAAACCGUCGCAUUUAAAACCCCCACGGAUCGGAACGGCCCUCCAGCGGCCCGCGAAAACCUUCUCUCGCAGGGGAAAUGUCCGGCGGCCGGGAUCUGACGUCCAACGCCGUCGGCCUCUGCCUACUCCCGUCCGAUCUACUCCAAGACAUCUUCAUCCGCCUAGCCCUUCCGGAAAUCCUCCGCCUGAAAUCCGUCUCCAAAACCCUCGCCUCGGUCAUCUCCUGCGACGAUUUCCGCCACCUGUAUGGCCGCCGGUCCGCCUCCGAGACGUGGCUCUUCCUCUACAAGAAGCGAUCGCCUCGCGCUUCCGCUCUCCACGGGUUCAAUGAUCGGUCAUGCCGGUGGUUCCAGAUCCCGGUGGCCGGAAUCUUACUACCCGUUGUCCCUCCCGGUGAAGAUCUCUACUUCCUGACGGCCUCCGGCGAUUUCUUCCUCUUCUCGUCGAACAACUGCAGGGAGCUGAUCGCCGUCAACCUGGCGUCAAAUGCCGUGAAAAAGAUCCCGGCCAGCCCGUUAGGUCCACGUGGCACGUCGUCGUGGCGUAGAUCGGGGUUGAAGCUGAUCGCCGGCCCGCCCGGCUCGGACAGCUUCCGGUUCCUAUUCGCCGAGUUGUACGAGAACCGGCCGGUUCUGUUCGCGUACUCUUCCGAAACUGACACGUGGCAGUCUUUGGAAGGUAAAGAAAUCGACAACAACACGCUGACACGUUUCAACGAAAGGGAAGCUCUCUUUCUCAGCGUCAUUCACAGGCGGAGAGAGAGCGUUCUAGUCUGCGCCGGGCCGGGAAAUGACGCACCGAUCGUUUGCCGGCCGAGAUUCGACGGUAGGGUGGUGGAAGAGGGUCUGGCGGUCGGGCUGAUCGCGGGCAACAUGUCCGAUCGGUUACACGUGUACGGCGAUGGGAAGAUGGUGAUCGUGAGAUCGGACGGCUGUGAUGGGGUGAGGGUGUUUGGGAGUAUAGAGCUGUGGGGUUUGAGCAUUGAUGGGAGGGGUUGGGAAUUCAUAUCAAAGGUUCCAAAGAGAUUGGUGGAGAGGAUUAAAAAGCGUUACGGAGCGAUGAUGGGGUGUUUGGAGGAGAGAGAUGGGAUUAUUAGGAUUGUUUUGCUGUCUAAUUACAGGGGAAUAUGGGAUUUGAUCUGGCUCUGUUAUGAUCUGGAGAGGCAGGACUGGACGUGGGUCCCACUGCCGGAUGAUGGGACCAGUGGGCUGAAUAUGGCCGGCAUUGCAUUGUCGUCGGCUCUUAAGCUUCCAUGUUCGGGGUCCUGAUGAACAUUAGAUGUCCAUUGUUCUUGAUCAUGUACGGUUGGGAUUAAGGGAAUGUAAAUAAGUGUGAUUAGUUAGGCCGGUCUUUUUUAACGGUUAGGAUUGGACGUGGGACAUUGAAUUUAUAGCCUUUUAAUGCCCUCCCAAGGAUUGUCUAGGUUCCCUUGAACAGAGGACUAUCUCAGGGCCUGCUCGGAUGCAAGCAAAGGGAUUUGCAAGUCAUUUAAGGGCCUCUUUGGAUUGAUAAUUAUCAUGGUAAUUCAAUGUA